UCACACCCGCGCUUUACUCCGCUCUCCUCCCAUUCGUUUCUUUUUUAUCCUCUCAUGGAAUAGAGGGGACAAACAGAGAGAUCUGAGAGCGAAGCGAGUGCGAGAGAGAGAGAGAGACAGGCGAGGCGGCAAUGGCGGUGGUGUCUCUGAGGUGGCUUCCAUUGCUGGCUCUCGGGCUCCUGGUGCUCCCUGCCGGCGGCCUCGAGUAUAUCAACGGCGAGAAAGCCUCGGUCUCGAGGGGCGGAGAGGAGGCGAGGACGAGGAGGAGUCUGAGAGCUGCGCCGACCAAAGAAACUUCCUCCACUACCGAGAGGGCUGGGCGGGACGUGGUGUUGGGCGCAGCCGACAAUCCGGAAUUGGUCGCAUCCGAAGUCCAGAUGAGCAUAAACAACCACACGAUGCGGCGGUCGCUGGGGUUCCUGUCCUGCGGUACGGGUAACCCCAUCGACGACUGCUGGCGGUGCGACCCGAAGUGGCACCGCAACCGCAAGCGGCUGGCCGGCUGCGGCAUCGGGUUCGGGCGCAGCGCCAUCGGGGGCCGGGACGGGCGCUACUACGCGGUCACCGACCCCAGGGAUGACGACCCCGUCAACCCCCGCCCCGGGACGCUCCGCCACGCCGUCAUCCAGGAGGAGCCCCUCUGGAUCGUGUUCAAGCGCGACAUGGUCAUCACCCUCAAGCAGGAGCUCAUCAUGAACAGCUUCAAGACCAUCGACGGCCGCGGCGCCAACGUCCACAUCGCUAAUGGCGCCUGCAUCACCAUCCAGUUCGUCACCAACAUCAUCAUCCACGGACUCCACAUCCACGACUGCAAGCCCACCGGAAACGCCAUGGUCCGCAGCUCCCCCUCCCAUUACGGCUGGCGCACCAUGGCCGACGGCGACGCCGUCUCCAUCUUCGGCUCUAGCCACAUCUGGGUCGACCACUGCUCCCUCUCGAAAUGCGCCGACGGCCUUGUCGACGCCGUCAUGGGAUCCACCGCCAUCACCAUCUCCAACAACUACUUUACCCACCACAAUGAGGUGAUGCUAUUGGGUCACAGCGAUUCCUACGAGAGAGACAAGGCGAUGCAGGUGACUAUCGCCUUCAACCAUUUCGGUGAAGGUCUCAUCCAGAGAAUGCCGAGGUGUCGGCACGGUUACUUCCAUGUGGUGAACAACGACUACACCCACUGGGAGAUGUACGCCAUCGGCGGCAGCGCGGGCCCGACCAUUAACAGCCAGGGGAACAGAUACCUUGCCCCUGCUAAUCCCUUCGCCAAGGAGGUGACAAAGAGGGUUGAAACGGAUGGGAGCGUGUGGAAGAGAUGGAACUGGAGGUCAGAGGGGGACCUCCUUUUGAAUGGUGCCUAUUUCACCCCGUCUGGAGCUGGGGCCUCCGCAAGCUAUUCAAGGGCCUCCAGCCUUGGCGCCAAGUCCUCUUCCAUGGUUGCCACCAUGACUUCCGGCGCUGGGGCCCUUCGGUGCCGCAGGAAGGCCCGGUGCUAGUUCACACUUUUUUUAUGCUUACGCGGUGAAUUACACCAGUCUCUAUUUGCCGUUCGCAACUUCCCCUGCUUCCACCCUAAUGAUGUCUCCGGAGCAGGCGUGAAGCGGUGCUGAUUUCUUUCUCUUUUUUUUUCUUUUUACUUUUCUUCUAUUUUGAGGUCUUUUUUCUGAUGCCUUACCGGCGUUCGUUCUAUCCAUUUGUUUUUUUUUUCCCUCUUUGAUUUCCAAUACUUGCAUAGCACGGAUGCGGAUUGGUUGAUGUUGUAGUAGAUGCAUAGUUAUGUCUAGUAAAAGAAACAGUAUUUGUAAUAUUUGGAAGCUUAAA